AUGACUCGUCCGAAAGUGCUGCUUCUCGGUCAGAUCGACCACCUCGCCGACCUGGUCACUCCCACAGCAACCAAUCGAGCAGAGUUCAUCCAGGAGUGUCGCGACGGCAAGCUGGACGGCGUCGUCGUCGCGUAUCGCACGUUCGGCUCGGCCUCCAUCACGGGCAACAUUGACGAGGAGAUUGUGCAGGCGCUGCCCAAGUCGUUGAGAUUCCUUGCUCAUUGCGGUGCUGGAUACGACCAGAUCGACGUCCACGCUUGCAGCGCGCGAGACCCUCCGAUCCGGGUAUCGAACGUGCCGACAGCCGUCGACGACGCGACCGCCGACGUGAACAUGUUCCUCAUCAUCGGCGCUUUGCGCAACUUCAACACGGGCAUGCAGGCGCUGCGCGAGGGGAAAUGGCGCGGUCAGCCGCCGCCAGCGCUCGGCCACGACCCCGAAGGCAAAGUCCUGGGCAUCCUGGGCAUGGGCGGCAUCGGGCGCAACCUGAAGAAGAAAGCCGAAGCGUUUGGCAUGCGCGUCAUCUACCACAACCGGCGCAAGUUAAGCGACGAGCUGGCUGGCGGGGCGGAGUACGUCUCGUUCGAUGAGCUCCUCGCGAGGAGCGAUGUGCUUAGCUUGAAUUUGCCUUUGAAUAAAAACACGCGCCACAUAAUCGGCAAACCCGAAUUCGCGAAAAUGAAGGACGGCGUCGUCAUCGUCAACACCGCGCGCGGAGCCGUGAUGGACGAAGCCGCGCUCGUCGAAGCCCUGGACAGCGGCAAAGUCUGGUCCGCGGGACUGGACGUCUUCGAGGAAGAGCCCAAGAUCCACCCGGGUCUGCUACGGAAUCCGAAGGUGAUGCUGGUGCCGCACAUGGGGACAUGGACUGUUGAGACACAAACCGCCAUGGAGGAAUGGGCGAUCGAGAACGUCCGUCUGGCACUCGAAACGGGCAAGUUGAAGAGUCCGGUUCCCGAACAGGCGGAUUUGUGA